AAAAAAGAGGAACUUAUCCCUUUUAACAAUCAAUAUUAUUUCAUCCAAAAAAAAAAAUCAAUAUUAAUGAUUACUAUAGAUACGGCUUUAUCAUACCCUUAAAGAUCAAUUCGAUUCAUCCUCUUGAUCUGAUAAGGUGUUUCUUCAAUAGAUUAAUCAACUAUGCCUCAAUUUCAAACAAACUUCUUUAUUUUUCUAAAACUUUUAUUCAUGGUGAUGGAAAUCGUCCACUAUGUUAUUGUUUUUCUUGUAGGAAAUUUUUUUGGUUUAGUAUUCUUGAUUAAUCUGCGUAUAUCAUUUCACAUACUUCUGCAUUCAAAAGCAUGUGCUUUAGUAAUUAUCAAUUUUUAUCUAUAUUAUCAACCUCAAAGAUUCCGAGUCUUGAAAUAUAUUUUUUGCAGCUACUUGGUGAAAACAUCUCUGAUAAAGAUGGUCUAGAGUAUGAUGGAGAUAAGAUUUGGCCAUUUCAGAGUUUUGUUGAGCAACUCAUCCUUGAUAUGUUUGAUCCUUUAUGGGAGGUUCGUCAUGGCAGUGUCAUGGCUAUGAGAGAGAUCUUAACUCAUCAAGGUGCUAACGCAGGAGUUAUUAUUCCAGACUUGAGAUGUGAUAGUGCAUUAAAUAUUAAAAUAAAAGAGAGGGUAGACAAGAAUACUGUCAAAAGGGAGAGGCCAAUUGAUCUGAGGGUAGACGACAAUACUGUUAAAAGGGAGAGGCCAAUUGAUCUGAAUAUAUAG